UUGAAGAACUUCACUCAGUUAUAACUCAAUAUAAAAAUAUCAUACCAGAGAAUCUUCUUGAUGACUAUUUAACAUAUCCUAAGCCUAAACAUAAUGAUCUACCAAGAAGAGAAUCAGUUCACUAUUUUAAUUCUAAAAUCAUCAAAGCCAAAGAUGCAGCAUUAAUAGCAAGUUGGAUUGAUGAGAAAAAUGGAAUGCCUUAUCGUUUUAAAGAUAUGCCUUACAAAUUUGAACUUAUUUAUCGAGCAAGCAGUGCAAAUUUUAGAAUUGAUCAGUUUCAUAAUAGUUGUGAUUGUCAAGGACCAACUGUUGUUAUAAUUAAAGUUCGAAAUUCAAACGAAAUAAUUGGUGGAUAUAAUCCAUUAGAUUGGUACGAUAACGAUUUUAUACAAAACAAGAGAGAUAUAGAUUUAUUUGGUGAUACAUUUGAUGAUAUAUAUGAUGAAUAUGAUGGUUGUAAGUUCAAAGAAACAUCAAAGAGUUUUAUAUUUUCAUUAUCUAAUGGAACAAUUCCCAAAUUAAGUCGUGUCUCUUAUAAACAAAAAGCAAUCGCUUUGAGUAUUACCAAAGGACCAUGUUUUGGUUGCCGUGAUUUGUGGGUAGAAUGUGAUAGUAGUGGUAGUUCACGAAGAUCAGUUGUUGGUACAAGUAGUCAAUAUUGUUACAUAAGAGUUACUGAUAAGCACACUUUUGAAAUAGAAGAAUAUGAAGUAUUUCGAAUUAAAAAAUUAUCUAAAUUAUCAGGAUUUGUCAAGUCAAUGUUCAAGAAAAUGACUGGAUUUAUAAAAGAUAAUGAAGAAGUACAAGAAGCGCAAGUGCAAGAAGUGCGUGGAUUAGGAAUGG